AUGGCCCCCAACAACCUGCCGUCGGUGCUCAACGCCACUACUCAGGACAUUGAGAUGCUCCUGGCUGCUCAAUGCCAUGUUGGCAGCAAGAACCUCCAGGUGCACAUGGAGCCAUACCUCUGGAAGACUCGUGCUGAUGGUGUCAACAUUAUCAACAUUGGCAAGACCUGGGAGAAGAUCGUCCUUGCUGCCCGUAUCAUCGUCGCCGUCGAGAACCCUGCCGACAUUUGCGUCAUCUCUGCCCGUCCCUAUGGUCAGCGUGCCGUCCUCAAGUUCGCCGCUCACACCGGUGCUUCUUCCAUCGCCGGUCGCUUCACCCCCGGUUCCUUCACCAACUACAUCACCCGUUCCUUCAAGGAGCCCCGCCUGAUUAUCGUCACCGAUCCCCGCACCGACGCCCAGGCUAUCAAGGAGGCUUCCUACGUCAACAUUCCCGUGAUUGCCCUCUGCGACACCGACUCCCUCACUGAGUACGUCGACGUUGCCAUCCCGACCAACAACAAGGGUCGCCACGCCAUCGGUACCAUCUGGUGGUUGCUUGCCCGUGAGGUCCUCCGCCUCCGUGGGACCAUCUACAACCGCGAGACUCCUUGGGAUGUUAUGCCCGAUCUGUACUUCUACCGCGACCCUGAUACCGAGGCCGAGGAGAAGGCCGAGGAGGAGAAGCCCGCCGAGGAGGAGGCGCCUGCCGCUGUCGAGACCGCUGCCCCCGCCGCUGGUGGUGAGUGGGAAGCCUCCGCCCCUGCCUUCACCGGAACCUGGGAUGGCGCUGAGGGCGGCGACUGGGCUGCCUCUGGCACCGGCGAAUGGGCCGAGCCCCCCAAGGAGCAGUCUCAGUGGUAG